UAUGGUUUCCUCCCGAUACGUCACUCUGGGAUAGGCUGUGAGCUGCCGAGCAACACUGUCUGUCAACGAAGUUUCGGGCUGAUUACCUUGGCGUUUUUGGGACGGGACCCCCAAGUGAGAGAAAGUAGCCUUGCCCAUCGCGGCUUUAGGCUCUGGGAUUAAAGUGAUCGCCAGUCCCACAGCUUUCGUCGAAACUGCGAGUUGGGGAUUCAUGCUGUGUUGGUUAGCUAAAUGCGGUACGAAGCUAAAAUGAUGCCGAUGUUCCUGACAGUAUACCUCAGUAACAAUGACCAGCAUUUUACUGAGGUCCCCGUUACCCCGGAGACACUGUGCCGGGACGUGGUGGAGUUGUGCAAGGAGCCGGGGGAGGCCGACUGCCACCUCGCUGAGAUGUGGCGUGGAUCUGAGCGAGCUGUAGGUGACGGAGAGAGGAUGCUGGAUGUGCUCCAACGUUGGGGACAACACAGGGCAGAGGUGCGCUUCUUUCUGCGGCACAAUCGAGCCCCUAGCAGGGAAUCUGGCGGCUCAAGAGGCUCAGAGCAGAAGAGGAAUGGAGUGAAGGCUCCCCCAGACAGACGCAUGGAGAACGGGGUGGUGACACCGCGGAUGGACAUGACACUAUCGGAGCUACAAGAGAUGGCUUCCAGGCAGCAGCAACAAAUAGACUCUCAACAACAGCUCCUUGCUUCCAAGGAGCAGCGGCUGCGCUACUUAAAGCAGCAGGAGCAGCGUCAGCAGCAGCAGGCGUCUGAGCAGGAGAAGCUGCAGCGCCUCCGAGAGAACAUCGAGAACCAGGAGACUCGGCUCAAGAAGGUCCGUGCCCUCAAGGGCCAGGUGGAGCAGAAGCGCCUCAGCAAUGGAAAACUGGUGGAGGAGAUCGACCAGAUGAACAACCUGUUUCAGCAGAAGCAGAGAGAACUAGUGAUGGCUGCUACCAAGGUGGAGGAUCUCAGCCUACAGCUUGAGUUGCUUAAAAAUGGAAAAAUGGACAACUUCAAUGACAACCAGAGCUCUGUGGCUGAACUCGACCGUCUGUACAAGGAGCUACAGCUGAGGAACAAGCUGAACCAGGAUCAGAACUCUAAGUUGCAGCAGCAGCGAGACGGCCUGAACAAGCGCAACAUGGAGGUGGCUGCCAUGGACAAACGCAUCAUUGAGCUCCGAGAUCGGCUGUGGAAGAAGAAGGCAGCGCUGCAGCAGAAAGAGAACUUGCCUCCUCAGAUACCCUGGCAUUCAGAGCUCACCCAUUCCAACAAUGGCUAUCCUGGUAAAGAGAGGGCUUCAAAAGACACUCAUCUUCAGGUGCCCACAGAUGGCCCAGCCGGACAGCAGUCAGGUCCGUCUCGUGUGGCGGCGGUCGGCCCGUACAUCCAGUCGUCCACCAUGCCCCGGGGCCAAGUGAGGCACGAGCUGCUCGUAAAACCAGCCUACCCAGACGGCACGGCAACCCUCCCUGCCCACGACCCGCAGAGCAAAUCCGGCCCAGGCCUUCAGCCAUCCAAGCUGGCAGACUGGGGCUCUUCAGGUCCAGAAUCCAACACCAACGGUCAUGGUUCAUCUUCAACAUUGCCCCGAAUGACCUCCCACUCCAACACAGAACAAGAUGAGACUGAAACGAGGAGGGACAAGAAGGUGCGUCCACUCUCCAUGUUUGAGUCAACGGACGUUCCCGCCACCUCCCUCCGCAAAAACCAGAGCAGUGAUGACCUGGUCAGGGACGCAAAGUCGGCCCCCAAAGGUCCAGUCAAGGUGCCUCCUCCUGUUCCCACCAAACCAAAAGGCCCUGGUGUCGUUCCCUAUGGGAAACCAGGCCUCAACACAGGCACCUUCCCCAAAGCCAAGCCCCACAGCCAGCAGCCCCAGCCCCCCCAGGGCCGCAACCCUCUCCCAUCCUCACAGAGCCAGACACUCCCCCUCCCCUCCAAGCAGGACGCUCCACCUGCAGCCACCGUGCGGCCCUUCACCCCGGAGCUGCCCUCCUCCAAGCCUCAGACUUUAGCGGCCAGCUCCAUUUACUCCAUGUACACGCAGCAGGCCGGCUCAGCCAAGCCCUUCCACCCGCCUAGUGGAGUGCAGAACUCUCUCAACAGGAAUCAGAGCCGCUCCAAUGGAUUUGUCAGUGUGUACGGUAAACCAGUGAUCCCCAGUGGAGGCCUCCUAUAUCCAGAGAACCCUUACAUGGAACGCCGCUCCCCUGCCUUUGAAUCUGAGGUCGACCACAACGGAGCCUACAACGUGGGUCCCAGUCCAUCUGAGGUCCCCCAACCCGAAACGGAGCGCACCCCCCGGCCCCUCAGCCCCACCAAGCUGCUUCCCUUCAUUUCGAACCCCUACAGGAACCAGAACGAUGGCGACCUGGAAGCCCUGAGGAAGAAGCUCUACAACGCCCCCAGGCCGCUGAAGAAACGCAGCUCCAUCACUGAACCCGAGGGUCCUGCGGGGCCCAACAUUCAGAAACUCCUCUACCAGAAGACCACCCUGAAAGCUAUGGAGACUAUUACCACACCGACCACUCCCACCUACGCUGGUGAAGCAGAGAAGGCGGCGGAGGGAUCUGCGGGGCCGCAUGUUUCUCUGGGUGGAGCGGACCACCAAUCGACAGAGACUCUGGAGGGGGGACAGCUCCCGUCUCACAUCACUACAGCUAAUGUCCCCGUGCCAGGACCCCCUGAACACACCAAAGCACCGUCAGCCUUUGGACCAGAGGACAUUAUCCCCCCUCCUCCCCCAUCCCACCCAGCGCCCAGGCCAGAUGACGGUCACUUCCCACCACCUCCAGGCUCUGGCUCCGAGGACGCAAUUUCCAACCUCCCCCCUCCACCUCCAGAAGGCUUCCUGGAAGAGUUCCCCCCCUACCCCCCACCCCCAUACCCCAGUGGAGCGGAGCAGGACAGCUUGGGAGAGGACACCUUCAACAUGAAGGCCCCCGAGGUCACCGGCCAGGUCAUUCUGCCACCGGGAAAGAGGACCAACUUGCGCAAGCUUUGCUCUGAACGCAUCGAUCACAGCAUGAGAGUGAAGUUCAACCCUCUGGCUCUGCUGCUGGACUCUUCUCUGGAGGGAGAGUUCGACCUGGUCCAGAGGAUCAUCUAUGAAGUGGAGGAUCCCAGUCUGCCUAACGAUGAAGGCAUCACUGCUCUACACAAUGCUGUCUGUGCUGGACAUACAGAGAUUGUCAAGUUUCUGGUUCAGUUUGGUGUCAAUGUCAAUGCUGCUGACAGUGACGGCUGGACCCCUCUUCACUGUGCUGCAUCCUGCAACAAUGUGCAAGUGUGCAAGUUCCUGGUGGAGUCCGGUGCAGCCGUGUUCGCUAUGACUUACAGCGACAUGCAAACAGCAGCUGAUAAAUGUGAAGAGAUGGAGGAGGGCUACACCCAGUGCUCUCAGUUCCUCUAUGGUGUGCAAGAGAAGAUGGGCAUCAUGAACAGGGGAGUGAUCUACGGUCUGUGGGAAUACAAUGGUGAAAACCCUGAUGAACUGGUGUUCCGCGAGGGAGACUGCAUGACCAUCGUCCGCAGAGAAGACGACGAUGAGAUCGAAUGGUGGUGGGCCCGCAUGGGAGACACCGAGGGUUACAUUCCCCGCAACCUCCUCGGGCUCUACCCCAGAAUUAAGCCAAGACAAAGAACGCUGGCUUAAAACAUAAAAAACCCUGCACAUUGCAGUCUGCCAGAGCUGUACACACACACACACACACACACUCAAAUACACACACACACACACACACACACACACACACACACACACACACACGCUUUAACAGACUGGGACAGAGAAGGACACUGCUGAAAUGAAGAGACAAGGACAGACCAAACAAUAUGAAGGAUUAUCUAUGAACUCUUUCUGGCACUUUUUUUCUGUAUCUACAACAGAGGAAUUCUCCCUCUCGUACUUUUCCAGGCCACACUGUGUACCGUGUACUUAAGACACUUUUGGCAUUGCUUUCCUUUAAUCCACUUUUUUGUAAUAAGUGUCUGAAACUAUUUCCUACUUGACAGAAACUCAAAUGUUGGGAUGUAAAUGGAUCAAGCAGUAUUUGUUAUUGCGCAACAGUAAUUUGUACACUUUUCGAUAGUCUUUUAAAACUUGUUUUUCUGGGCUACUGGUUAUUUUCUAACACUUGAGGCUCUACGUUGCAUGAGGUGAAUGAGUGGAAUAUGAUGAUGCUCUGUUACCAUGACAAUCUCUGUGGGGCUUGUUUCUCGUCAUCUGUGUUGAGUGCCUGUGCCUCUGCUACCUGCACUACUGGGGUAAAAUCAAUCGUGACCACCACUGUUCUUGAUUUAAAAAAAUAAAUAAUUAUAUGAUUGGUGGGAAAAACUUUUGAUUGAUCUAUUAAUGUUCAUUCUGUGGUCUAUGAUACCCACAAAGCCAGUCUGCUCUCCUGCAAUGGCACAUGGUUGAGAUGCCAUAGAUACUGUGUAUACAUGUAUUUCUGUCAUAAACACUAGUGAGAAGUUACUUUAGGAAUUAUAUUCUUAUCUAAGUUUCCAACUCUUAAGAUGCCCUUUGAUCUGGAAGGAGAUUUCCAUCCAUAUGAAUUUUAUAUUUUAUUACAGCCAUUUCAUGACAAUAUUGUAAAAAAAAAGCAAGCGUAAAACCAGACACCAUGAAUUUUUGUUAUAAUCAGUUGUACGAUUUGUUGUAAUGAUGAUUUAUUCAGCUGAAUCAAAAAUAAAGAUGCAACUUUUACAAUAUCGGAUGAGUUCCUGAAACUUACCACAUAUCUCUGUCAAUGCAGAUUGUAUUUAUUUUUGUUACUUUUUCUUUUAGCCCUUUUGUCAGAAUUAUAACCACAAAUGUACU